AUACAGACCCCCACCUUAUUUUGAGCAUAUUCUUGCCUGUGCUGAUAUUUGAGUCAGCUUUUGCCAUGGAGGUGCACACUUUCAUCAAAGCUUUUGUGCAGGUUCUACUGCUGGCACUGCCAGGGCUGGCUGUGGCAACGUUUCUAACAGCGGUGUUGGCGCGGUUCCUGUUCACAUACGGCUGGUCAUGGAAUGAGGGCAUGAUGUUUGGCGCCAUCCUCAGUGCCACUGACCCUGUGGCCGUGGUCGCUCUCCUUAGGGAUAUAGGUGCAUCCAAAAAGCUGGCAAUGGUUAUUGAAGGAGAGGCUCUGCUCAACGAUGGGGCUGCCAUCGUCUUCUUCAACGUCUUUCUCAAUCUUGUCACCAGCGAUGAAGGCAUUUCGGGUGGUCAGAUUGUGCUGGACUUUAUCUGGGUGGUAAUUGGAGGUCCAAUAAUUGGGUUUGUGAUGGCAAAGAUCACCCUGUUCUGGCUGUCCCGUAUCUUCAAUGAUGCCAUUGCUGAGAUCACCAUCACCCUAGCCUCGACAUACAUCACCUACUAUAUCGUGGAGGUGUGGUGUGAGAUGUCUGGCGUGCUGGCGGUGGUUGUUCUUGGUCUGGCCAUGAACUCCGAGCGCACGAUGAUCAGUCCCGAGGUGGAGCACUUCCUUCACAGGUUCUGGGAGACAAUGGCUUACCUUGCGAACACUCUUAUAUUCAUUAUUGUUGGCAUGGUGAUCUCCGAGAAGGCCAUCUUUGAACUGCACGGCAUCGACUGGUUUUACAUGUUCUCUGUCUACCUCGGCUGCUUCGUCAUCAGGGGUCUUGUGAUAGCCAUAUUCAGUCCUAUACUACGACACACAGGGUAUGGUUUAACCUGGAAGGAGGGCGCAGUGAUGACCUGGGGUGGCCUGAGGGGGGCAGUUGGUCUGGCCUUGGCCCUGCAGGUGGCUCAUCAUGACAAGAUUGACCAGGAGAAAGUAGGGGUCAGGGUGUUGAUCCAUGUCUCCGGAGUGGUGUUCCUCACUCUGCUGGUCAAUGCCACAACCAUCUUCAUGCUGCUCAGAGUUCUAGGCAUGAGUGACUUGUCCCCAGCCAAGCGGAUGGCCAUGGCCAGUGCUCUGCGCUACCUACAGGACAUGAGGGAGAAAACACUGAACAUGCUCAAAACAGAUAGGUUCCUGGCAGAUGCUGAGUGGGAGACGGUUGAGAAGCAGACAGAGAUCAUCGACCCCUACAGGACAUCUGAGGAGGAGAGAAAUGAGCUGGCCAUGAUAGACGAGUCCCUAGACAUCAAGCAGAACUCGUGCUGCCCGGAGUGUGAUGCAAGUCUCCCUCCCCAGUACUCCAACAAAGAGCUGCGUGACAUGACGAAUGAGGCCAUACUCCGCAUGCUCAAGGGAGAAAAGAUGAGCUACUGGCGACAGUUUGAGCAGGGCAUGCUGUCCCGUGAGGCAACCAGGAAACUGCAGGAGUGUACAGAGAUUGCUGCUGACCACAAGGGCAAGUUCAUUGAUGUUGAUGAUGUAAAGAAGAGCUGGGAGAUGCCAAGUUUCCUGCCUCGAGUGAAAAAGAUGGUGAAGCGCAGUAUAGCAAAGACUUCCGUUGAUAUAGACAAGGAAUCCUCCCUAUGGCCUCUGUUCAGGUUUGAGCGCCACCGAGCCUUCUACAUCAUUGUGUACACCUUCAUUCUCCUGGAUAUGGUGAAUGUAGCCUUCGCCAUCACAAGCCAGUAUGUGGAACACUUCUUUUACAAGCGCAAUAUCUUCCGGGGACUCAAUUUGGCCUUUGUCACCAUCUACAUAUUAGAACUUAUCCUUAAGGUGGUAGUGCAGAGAGGGGCAUACCUUAAGAACACGUGGCACUGGCUGUGUAUGAUUAUUAUUGUGGUGGGUGUGCCGGACGUGGUUCAGAGCUUUGUCCUCCCCAUGCUGUACGGAGAGCUCCAUGGCACAGUCCACAUCAUCUCACUGGUCUUCAUCAUCCACAGAACUAUACGCGUCUUCAGACUUCUCGAGCCGACCAUGCCAUACAUCCUACACUUCAUCAAGCGGCGUAUGAGUCAGCACCUGAGUUACGGGUUUGAUGUUGGGCGUGGAUUCGUGGCAGGAGAGGAGGAAGUUCGGAAGCUUAUUGACCAUCUGUCUGACCACAAGGACAUUGCUAAGUCCCUCAAACAAGUCUCCGAUAACAGCCGCCUUGAUGUCAUCAGGUGUCUCGGUAUGUUGUCAAAGCAACAUCCAGACAUAGCCCUGUCCAUCAAGACACGGCAGGCGAUACGGAGCGUGUUGAAUCAGCUACGAGAUGGCAUACACGACCUUCUGUCUGAUGGAAUCUUAGAGGAGGCUGAGGGUGGCAAGCUUGAGAAGAAAGUGGAAGAGAACAUGAAGCGUCUUCAGUCUGCUCCUCCGAGUCUGCCGAUCCCGCCGCCAGAUAAGAUGCUGAAAAACAUCUACUGGCUCCGUAAUGAUACAGCUCUUAUGGACUUUAUCAAGGACAAGGCCAAGUUGCUGAACUUUGACUAUGAAGAUGUUGUGAUCAGGGAGGGCGAUACGUGUGGAGGAAUCUAUAUCAUCAUCUCUGGCAUGGUCCGGCUGGAAUCUUCCAACCCAUCAGGCAAGCCAAUCGUUUCCCUGCAAGAGAAACCAUCUGGUAUGACCCUGGCAAAGAAGACAUAUGUGCUUGACUUUAUGACCUCCGGGAAUAUUAUUGGGGAGAUGGGGCUGCUCACACACAAACAUCGCUCUGCCACUGUCAUCUGUGAAACCUCCGUACAGAUGCUGUACAUCACACUUGAGGACAUGGAAUAUGCCUUGCAGUACUUCAGCGACGGGGAGGAACCCCUCCAGUACCGCCUCUGGCAUGUCUGUGCUAACAGGAUCGCAGCAAACAUUCUCAUGAAGCAGUCCGCUUUCCAGGGCUGGACAAAGGAGAAGAUCAAGCUGCGCCUGGAGAACUCAUACCUGGCUGACACAUCAGGGCGCAUGUUUGUGGUUGACUCAACCAUGUCAGAUGUCGUACUCAUCCAUGGUUCUGCCUGUAACCCGUUCUCAAGUGAGGAGUUUGAGGGUCCUUGCUACAUCCCUUGGACAGUCUUCAAACUGGACCUCUUGCCAGUGGAGGAUACGCCUGUGGUUAUCCUAGUGGUACCCAGUGAUGUUGGGCAGCCCAUCCAUGGCGGGAAGAAGACGGAACAACAGCGUGGCCACGGUGCCUUCAUCAACUCCCUCUCACAACUCUGCCUUAAGCACGCCUCUAAAAACAGGCUCAAGGUGGAGUCCAAGUGGAAGAAGGUGCAGAGCGCCAAGAGCCUGGGCACGCUGUUCAACAACAAGGUGAAUCAGUCAUCCACAGACUCCAUCAAUAAGCUCAAUAUCGAAAUACCCAGUUCCGGUACCGGGUUGCAUCAGCGGGCAUCCUCCCCACUGGAUGCGUUUUCCACGCACAGUAACAGUCUAGUGAACCACGUGGGCCCACAGUCAUCCUCUUCCGGAUCCUCUGGGGACUCCCAUUCAACUGCCGACGAGUUCAAGGUUGACCUUAAUUUCGGCAGCCCUCUACGGGGCCAGAAAUCAUCACGGUGGGAGCGACUGAAGCGGAGGUUGAGCUCUGACAGUGCACACGGCCAACCAGGCAACAUAUCCGCUCACUCGUUCGAGAGCACAGAAAUUCUGCCCGACGACUUUGAAUAUAUCGAAGGCGGCGACAUCGUCCACUCCGACAGCCACCAGCAUGUCGACCGUUCAUCAACAUCCAUGGGACUAGAUCGGGAGCACGUUUUGACGCCCGUCCAGGAGGAGCGACAGGACACGCCCGUCCAGGAGGAGCGACAGGACACGGCACCUGAUACAGCCGCUCCGGAAACCGCAAGCACGGCAACGGAUGGCGGUGCCCCGUCCCGUGCCCCGUCCUCAAAAAUGCCUGUGAAAGGAAAACGACCGGGAUUGCGGACAAAUAAGAAUGAUAACAAGGAUAUGCACGCCUAAUGUUUUCCAGGAAUAUGCGUGCUCUCAUCCACUGGUCCACCUUUUGCAUACAUCGACUGUUCCACCUUUUGCAUACAUCGACUGGUCCACCUUUUGCAUACAUCGACUGUUCCACACCUUUUGCAUACAUCGACUGUUCCACCUUUUGCAUACAUCGACUGUUCCACCUUUUGCAUACAUCGACUGUUCCACCUUUUGCAUAUAUCGACAAGUAGUGUUAUUAGCGUUUUACACGCUCAUUUAACUGAUAUCAUUUACGUUUUCAAUACAUGUAAGUCAUAUAUCUACAGACUAUAUAUUGCUUUGCCUUUUGUAUGUAUCUAAAACAAAAGUUGACAGAAGCCUUACUAAACAUGCAUGAAGAGCAUGCGUGUAUGUAUAUAUCAUCUUCUUGUGAAUAAUGCACAAGUUAUAGUACGUGUAUACUUAUCAUGCGUUUUUAUUAAUUCUAUAUUUUUUUUACAUUUCUGUUACUGUCAUGUUAUAUUUUCAAAUAAAGUAUAGU